UUGCUUCUCUGGGUUGUGUCUACAUUCAUGUACUAUCUAUCUCCUAUUCGUUCUUGAUUCAUAAUUUGGUCUUCGAUUUGUCCCGGGCUUUGACGUAAAUCGAAAAAAUGUUCGUCAUGAAGAUGUGGGUUUUCUGUUCUUGUCGCUGAUAAUCCAUUUUUGGGUAUUUUUCCGGAUAAUUUUAAUUAAAUUUCCCAGCUUUACUUUGGGAUUUCUCUCUCUCCCCCAAUAAAUUAUUCUCUUGUUGUAAUUCGAGUUGAAAAUGAAUGCCUGACUAUCUGUGAUUAAGGAGACUUUUGAUCCGCAUAUUUCUCAGCUGGGUUAGUGGAUUUGUUCAUGUAGAUUCAACUACGUCAGUACUAAGGUGAAAUAUACAAUUGUUCUCAUUUUUGUUUGAAGGAAUGAGUUUCACUGGCUCUUCUGUAGCUUCUGCUGGUAGAACUGCUGGAAGGUCAUUCAACUUUGGACGGACUUAUGUGGUGAAGCCCAAAGGUAAACACCAGGCAACUGUAGUUUGGUUGCAUGGCCUUGGAGACAAUGGCUCUAGCUGGUCCAGUCUUUUAGAGACUCUUCCUCUUCCAAAUAUUAAAUGGAUCUGUCCAACGGCCCCUCAGCAGCCAAUAACUUUAUUUGGAGGCUUCCCUUCAACUGCCUGGUUUGAUGUGAAUGACCUUUCCGAAAAUGCAAUUGAUGAUAUAGAGGGCCUGGAUGCUUCAGCGGCAUAUGUGGCAAGCUUGUUGGCUACUGAGCCUCCUGAAAUCAAACUUGGUGUUGGAGGCUUUAGCAUGGGUGCUGCAACCUCCCUUUACUCUGCAACUUGUUUCACACAUGGGAAGUAUGAGAAUGGAAACCCGUAUCCUGCCAAUUUAAGUGCAGUUGUUGGAUUAAGUGGCUGGCUUCCUUGUGCAAAGACUUUAAGCAACAAAAUAGCCGGGGUAGAGGAGGCUGCAAGGCGGGCUGCUUCACUGCCUAUCCUGCUUUGUCACGGCAAAGGAGAUGAAGUUGUUCCAUACAAGUUUGGCGAGAAGUCAUCCCAAAAGUUGAUUUCAUCCGGAUUUAAAGAUGCCAUAUUCAAAUCAUACACAGCCCUCGGUCACUACACUAUCCCAGAGGAGAUGGAUGAAGUUUGUGCAUGGUUAACCUCCAAGCUCGGGCUCGAUGGAAAAUAGUUAUCUUCCCUCCCAUUUUGUUAAUUUUGAUUGUUGCUCAAAGGGCACCAUGGUGAUAUGAAGGUUGCAAAAUUGCUGUGUUUUUUUUUUGUUUUUUUUUUCUUUCUUUUUUAAUGGGUUGUAUUUGAUAAGUAUUCCAUCCAGAAGUUUGUAGCUUUACUCAUAUUGUAUGAAUUUAUGAACCUAUAAAUUAUCUCUUUAUUGGCUUGGGGGAAGUAAACAGUGCUAUUUGGUAAUUUCCACUCUGAA